AUGGCGGAGAACUCUUCUUCGUCGAGUCCUUCGACGUCGUCAUGUACUUCAUCAAACUUUACCACCGUAGUAUCUUUGCUUAGACAAGCAGAGACUUUGUUACAGUCAUCCGUGAAUCCUGUAGCACAACAAUCAAGUGCCGAAACGAAUGAAUGUUCAUCGAGCGUAACAGCUGAUCAAAAUCGAUCGCUAGCUAACUUUCGCUCAUUGUUUACCCGGUACGGUACCGUACGCCCUUGCCUUACCCUUGUUUAGGGCUGGCUAGGCCAGCAGCUGGUCCACCGACGAAGUAACCUGAGAUCAGGCCCAAUUUGAGCGGUUCUCAUACAUUCUCUCUAACGGCUACCGCUGAAAUCUCUUUUCGUUUCGCCUUUCGCCGGAAUGUAAUUUUCAAAGCGAAACGAAAAUAGAGCCUGAUUUUAGGUUACCGACGAAGCGCAAAAGAGGGAAUGGGGUUUUUGUUGUAGAAGAAACGUGGACACACGAGUUUUUCUGUCUGGCGAACUACUGCUAGUCACAUGUGCCCUCCAGAAGUGAAAAGUUCCACUUGCAAGACGCCGGACUCAGGAGGAAAACAAUCGUCUUCCACCACAAAGACCAACCUCUCGCCUCUGCCGAAAGGAUGGAAUCAGUUCAUCUGAAACUCAAAGACGCAGGUGGCUUUGAUCUGCUGAGGAGUGGGCCAUUCAACAAGGACCUCGCGGCCAUUUUUCCGCCUGUAUCCGGGUACUCUGUUUCUUUCCUACGCGUAUCUUCAGGUCUUACGCAAGCAGUGGCCUACAUUAGACCACUACAAAAGCUUCUAAGCAUU